UCAAAGCGGGAAAGGUUUUGGUGAGGGGACCAACACAGACAUAUUCCCUCUUGUCUUCCAUUUUUAAAUCCUUGAUUUUAUCAAUCACCUUGUCUAAACUCCCAUUAGUUCAAUAUUUAAUUAAAUUAGUGUUAGUUAAACCCACCGACGAACCUCAACUUGUCAUGUUUAUUGGUAAGAGAUCCUCUCCAUUAGUACUAUUACUCUUCUUCUUCCAUUCGGGUGGUGGUUAAUGCUCCAGAUCUUCGUGACGCAUUCUCUCAUAUCUACGACGCAGUCAACACCACAGCAAAAGCGUUGACAAAGAGUAAGUUGGAAAGAGAAAAAAAUCAGCCUCUUUCUUGGACCUUUCUUUGCACGAGAAGCUAAAAGAAAGAAAAAAGUGGUGAUAACUAAUUGAUUAUCUGAAAUAUGGGUACUUCUGAAAAAGAGUACGAUGUAUUCAUUAGCUUUAGGGGAGAGGACACUCGUAAAACCUUCACUGCCCAGCUUCAUCAAGCUCUUACAGAUAACAAUAUCAAUACAUACAUUGAUUAUAUUCUUAAAAAAGGAGAUGAGGUUGGACCUUCUCUUGCCAAAGCAAUCAAGGACUCACAUAUCUCUCUUGUAGUUUUCUCAGAAAACUAUGCAACUUCAAAAUGGUGCUUGGAUGAACUCCUCCACAUACUCCACUGCAGACAACUUCAUGGACAGGUAGUUAUACCCGUCUUCUGUGAUGUAGAUCCAUCACAUGUACGUCAUCAGAAAGAGACUUAUCAGAAAGCAUUUGCAAAAUACAUGAGAGAACUAGCCACCAGUAAAUCUCAUCUAGACAAAGUUUUGGAGUGGAAAGCUGCUCUCUCUUCCGCCGCCAAUAUAUCUGGAUGGGACUCUCGCAAAUAUAGGGAUUAUUCUCAAGUUAUCCAGGAAGUUGUGGCAGAUGUUAAGCAGAAGUUGUCUCUCAUGUUUCCUAAUGAACUGAAGAGCCUUGUUAAAGUGGAUGAAAAGGAUGAACAUAUUGAAUUAUUACUGGAAAAGAUACCAAGAAUCGGAAUUUGGGGCAUGAGUGGAAUAGGAAAGACAACUAUAGCUAAACAGAUGUUUGCCAAGAACUUUGCGCAUUAUGAUAACGUGUGUUUCUUGGAAAAUGUAAGUGAAGAAUCAGAUAAGUUUGGACAAAUGUAUGUUCGUAAUAAGCUUCUUAGUGAGCUUCUGAAGCGAGAAAUUACUGCAUCUAACGUUCACGGACAACACACGUUCAUCAAGAGGAGGCUCGGUGGUAAAAAAAGUUUUAUUGUACUUGAUGAUGUUGAUAAUGCUACACAAUUAGAUGAUUUGUGUGGAGUACUUGACGACCUUGGACAUAACAGUAGACUCAUUAUCACAACGAGAAACAAAGAUAUUCUCAGUGGAAAAGUUGAUAAGAUAUAUGAGGUCACACCAUGGAAGCUUAAAGACUCUCUAAAGCUUUUCAGCUUAGGAGCCUUUCAGCAAAGCUAUCCCAGAGAGGGGUACGAGCGUAUCUCGGAAAGGGCAGUCGAAUAUGCAGGAGGUGUUCCAAUAGCUUUAAAAGUUUUGGGUUUGCAUUUUAAAUCAAAAAAGCCAAAGUCUUGGGUAUCUGAGUUGAAUGAUUAUGAGAACAAAGGAGAAACCUUCCCCGGUAUUCAAAAAGUGUUAGAGCUAAGUUAUAAUGGAUUAUCAUGGCGAGAGAAAGAGAUGUUUCUAGACAUUGCAUUCUUUUUCAAAGAUGAAAACAAAGACUUGGUCACAAGGAUACUAAAUACAUGUGAUUUCAAUGCAACUAAUGGAGUAGAAAUCCUAGAAAAUAAAGCUCUUAUAUCCAUUUCAAACAGUAAUACCAUACAGAUUCAUGGCUUACUACAAAAGAUGGCAUUUGAUAUUGCUCGACAAGAAGACAAUGAUCGAGGAAAGCGUCGCCGACUGAAAGAUGCUAAAGACAUUUGUGAUGUCAUUAGAAAUAACAAGGGCAUUGAUGCAGUUGAAGGAAUAAUAUUAGAUUUGUCUCAAAAACUAGAUUUAGAGGUUCAAGCUGACACAUUCAACUUGAUGACUGAAUUAAGAUUUCUUAAAUUCCACGUCCCCAAAGGUAAGAAGAAAUUUGGCACCGUGCAUCUUCCUGAAAAUUUUAAGCUAUAUUUUGACAAAUUGGCAUACCUUGAAUGGAAUGGGUAUCCCUUGAAGUCUCUCCCAGAACCUGUUCGCGCUGAGCAGCUGAUUCAGAUUUGUUUGCCGCACAGCAACAUUGAACAUCUUUGGUUCAAGAAACAGAAACUUGUGAAUUUAGAGGCAAUCGAUCUAAGUGGGUGCAAAAAGUUGAAGAACCUCCCUGAUUUGUCUGGGGCGCCAAAACUCAAACAGUUGCGCCUUUCUGGUUGUGAAGAAUUACUUGAAGUUCAGGCUUCUGCUUUUUCUAAGGACACACUUGUUACUUUGCUACUGGACGGGUGCAAAAAAUUGUCAAGUCUUAUGGGUGAGAGGCAUUUAAAAUCUCUAGCGAACUUCAGUGUCAAAGGCUGCUAUGGUCUGAAGGAAUUUUCGUUGUCAUCGGAUUCACUAAGAAGGUUGGAUUUGAGCAAUACAGGAAUCGAAAUAUUGCACCCAUCGAUUGGUGGUAUGACCAAUCUUUAUUCGUUAAAUCUAGAAGGUUUAAAUCUAACAAGUCUACCGAUUGAACUGUCUCACUUGGCACUUACUGAACUUCGGGUUUCUAAGUGCAGUGUAGUAACUAAAUCAAAGUUAAAAGCCCUAUUUGAUGGUCUAAGAUCAUUAACAUUACUACACUUGAAAGACUGUUGUAACUUGUUUGAACUCCCUGCAAACAUCAGUUCCUUAUCAUCAUUGCAAGAGUUAAGACUAGAUGGAAGCAAUGUGAAGGAGUUGCCUGCUAGCAUCAAAUACCUGUUAGAGCUAGAAGUUCAGUCUUUAGACAAUUGCAGUAAGCUUCAAUGUCUGCCAGAACUGCCUUUAAGCAUCAAAGAGUUUCAGGCUGACAACUGCUUGUCGUUAACGACAGUAUCCACUUUGAAGACUUUUUCAGUAAACAUGAUUGGACAGAACAAAUACAUUUCAUUUCAGAAUAGCAUUAAGAUGGAAUUGGAUGGACCCUCCCUUGCCUGCAUGACGGAAGAUGCCAUGUUAACAAUGAAAAGUGCUGCCUUUCACAAUGUAUUAGUGAGAAAGUACAGAUUCCAAACCCACAGCUACAAUUAUAACAGCGCCGAGGUAUGUCUGCCAGGACACAGAAUUCCAAGUCAGUUCAAACAACGAUCCACCACAUAUGCCUCCUUAACUAUCGACGUUCUCAACUGGGUUGGCUUCAUUUUAGCAGUUGUCGUCACUCCAUCUAACAUAACACAAGAGAGUGAAUACUUUGUUGGAAUCCUAUGUCAAUGCUAUUCGGAAGAUGGAAGGACCGAGGUGGGAAAUAAGUCUAAGUGGAAGCCUAAACUGGUUACAAAUUUGAAAAUGGAUCACAUUUUUGUAUGGUACGAUCCAUUCCUCUGUGAUACCAUACUCAGAAGGAAUGAAAGAAAGGUUUCUUUUAAAUUCUGUAUUACAACUUAUACAACUAGCGGCAGAGAACUUGGUGACCUUUUAAAAAUCAAAGAGUGCGGGGUUUGUCCAAUUUACUACUCAGAAAGUCAGAAGGUUUUAGGCACAGGGAAUUUAGACAAGGACUUGGAAAAAGAGUUGUAUCAGGAAAUUGAACACGAGAGAUCAGUUGAAGGCUAUGAUGAGGGAGAAAGCAUUGACAUCGAACCAAAUUACAAGGAAGGCACGGGCAUGCAGAACCAAGAGUUGGACUGUUUAAUCGUCUCUAAAGAUACUCAGGUAAAUGACAAUACUCAACAAAAAGAAAAUUUGGAAAUUGAAACUUCUUCCAACAAACGAGAACAAUCAGAAUUGUCUAUCAAUAAAGAAAUUAAGAGAGACGAGUCUUCUGGCGUUGAUGAAUCACACCCGUCUAAUUUUCCAGCAAGAUUGAGUGUAACAAACAAGUUGAAGAUAUAUGAGGAAAGUAAGAAUCUUCAACAAUCACUACCAUCAUUAGUGAAGAUUCCAUCUCGUUCUUAUACUAAUUUGUUACAACUACAAGAAGCUCCCAACAAACUAAACCCAAACUCCUCAAUGGCUGCUGAGAGUUCUUCAAGUAAACCAUCUUCUUCAAAGGAUCAAAUAAGAAGAACUGAAGAAAACUCUUCACAGUUAAAGAAAUUGAGUACUCAAGAACAUUCUCCUGUCGAUUAUUCUGAGUACAAGAAAACUCUUGAAGACGACCCUUGGGCAAUCAUAGAGAAACUCUUAUCUGAUGAACUUGGUAGUACUUCACAGGCUUCUCAAUCUACAACACAAGCAGAAUCUAGUGAAACUCAGAACGAGUCAAUCGAGAUGCUGCUUGAUGAGUUAAGGCAAUUGGCAUUUUCAAGGAACUUAUUGAAAAAUUUAAACAAUGAUGUGACCCUUGAAGAAAAUGUGAAAGCUUUAUUAGUUAAAAUCACUGAUAGAGCUAAUGAGCUUUCUGAGAAACAAAGUUCUGGUAUUGCUGAUUUCACCACAAUCUUUAAUGAGGCCACAAUCAAUAUUGACGAAGAAAAACGGAGCAAUGUUACUCUUCAACAACUAAAUGUGGACCAUGAAGAUUCAAAAUCCAAGCUUCAAGAAUCUAAAAACAAGAUGAAGAAGUUCAAAGAGUCCAUCAUUGCUGGCGAGGAUAAAAUUAAGGUCAUGGAUGUUGAAAUUGAAGAUAUUAAAGCACAGAUUGUUUUGCUGGAGGAAAAAGCUCUUAAGGUUCAACAAGAGAAGUUGCAGUUAGAGGAUGCCUUGCUGAAAUGUAAAGAGAAGAGAAGUGGAAUUUUCGAUGAAGCUAAAAAUGUAGCCUCUAAGACCAUACAAAUUCGCGAGAAGAUUGAUAAUGUCAAAAAGAAGAAGAUGGAGUUGGAUUCAAAUUAUGAGAUGCUUAAAGAACAUUAUGCCAUAGUGAGACUAUCAUCUCCUUUUUAGAAUUCAACUUAUUAUUCCUAUAGAUUUGAUAGAUUUGGUAACGGUUUAUCCGUUUUUUUUUUAA